AUGGUAGGUUUACCGUUCGGUGCGAAUACGAUCGGUAAAAAUAACAAAAUGAUCCAGCUCCUGAACUACAGGGUGCGGAUCGUUUUGCAGGAUUCCCGUACCUUCAUCGGUACAUUCAAAGCCUUCGACAAACAUAUGAAUCUCAUCCUGGGAGACUGCGAGGAGUUUAGAAAGAUCAAGCCGAAAAACACAAAACUGCCCGAACGAGAGGAGAAGCGCGUGCUUGGCUUCGUACUGCUUCGUGGUGGUAACAUUGUGUCGCUCACAAUCGAAGGUCCACCCCCACCAGAGGAGGGUCUUCCACGGGUGCCAAUUCCUGGUGGUCCAGGAGGACCCGGAAUGGGACGCGUCACAGGCCGCGGCAUGCCGGCCAAUAUUGCCGGUGUACCGGCGGGACUGCAAGGACCGGUACGGGGUGUCGGUGGUCCGUCACAGCAACACAUGGCACCGGUGGGUAGAGGACAGCAGGUGUCCGCCCCGCCACAGAUGCGCCCGAUGAUUCCUGGUGGCCCUCCUCCUACCAUGAUGCCCGGAGUUAACCCGAUGGCAGGAAUGGCUCGUGGGGCCCCACCGCCAAUGCGAGGACCACCCCCGGGCAUGAUGCGCGGCGGACCACCGCCCAGACCAUACUAAUUAACUAUCACUGUCUGAUGAUAUAUUUUGAGUGUAUUUUUUUUGUAUCUCCCCAAAUUCCGGUUGGGGUGCUCUUCAAAUCUUAUCCCGAUAUCUCUUUCCUUUCAUUAUACAUGUACGUAUAACAUUUGAAGUAGUGAAUAAAGGAAACGAACUUCUUAAGAACUUCA